AUGGUCAACCACUUCCACUUGGGCCUGUUGGCCGCCGUGAUCCUUUUCGCUGCUCCUGUAUUGUCUAUUACAAGCUACCCCAAUGUUUUCUUUGCUCCGAAAGAUGUCCUGGGCUCUGAGUGGGUAACAGAAGCCAAAUGGGCACAGCUAAACACCAUUCGAACUGCGAAGCUUCUCGCCUCUCAAGGACCAUGGACUGUCACGUCUAAAACCAUGCUUCCACCUACUGGCGACAAGCGUGAUUUCAUGAGUUUUCGUCCAUACUUCUGGCCCGAUUGUUCGGGCGUUGGGAAUGAUACUGAGCUAACCAACGAGCAAAUAUACACUACAUGUCCUUACGUCCGUCGAGAUGGCGAGUUCAACCCUGACGUUCGUAUGGUCAAUGAUACUGGCGCGUUCCAAGCUAUGACAGAUAGUGUCUUUUACAACGCGCUCGCUUGGUCUUUCACCAAGGACCCGCAUUUUUCAAAGAAAAUUGUUUCAGCGAUUCACACAUGGUUCAUCUCUCCCAAUACCGCCAUGAAUCCUAAUCUCAACUACUCCCAACUGUUGCGUGGCCCUGGAGAGCAAAAAGGGACUCAUACGGGCAUAUUAGACUUGAAGUGCAUGUCUAAAUUGGUUUCGGGCGUAUUAGUUUUGAGAGAGGGUCAAUCACGCGACUGGAAUACAACCCUCGAUGACGGUCUGAACUCAUGGGUCAAGCAAUAUAUAGUCUGGCUUACAACUAGCGAAAUGGGUAUGGAGGAGAAGGCUGCUCGCAACAACCACGGUACAUUUUACUACAACCAGCUCGCCUCACUUCAGACUCUCGUGGGUGACCUUGAAGGAGCCAAAGCCACAAUCAACGAAUACUUUAACGGUAUAUAUCAGGACCAGAUAGCCGCCAACGGGGACCAGCCUCUCGAGAGUGAUCGCACCCGUCCAUAUCAUUAUCGCUCAUACAACAUUGCCGCCAUGAUUGUCAAUGCUAAAAUCGGCGCCUACGUUGGUCUUCCAGAUAUUUGGAAUCGGAAAACCAAAUCCGGCGCGGGAAUCAAAGAGGCUUUGGAUUACGCAAUGUCCCUACCCCCAAAUGGAGAAGAGGAAUACGCUAAAGAGUUGCUCCCUUCUCUUGCUGCUGUAGCGAGCGUGUAUGGCGAUCCAGAUGGCAAGUAUGCCACGUUUUUGAAGUCCAGGGACUCCCGAUAUCCAGGCAAUGCGUAUUUUCUGAUUGCCCCGGGUUUGAACGACUCGGGUUUGCUGCCCGGACUGAGAAACACGACCGGUAACUCAGGUCCCUUAAAUAGCGGCGGUGUUCAAGUAGGAGUAGAAGUAAAUGGUGUCGUUGGAGUGGUAGCCGCCUUCGCCGUUGCUGUGCUGGCAUUGGCACUAUAG